GUAAUGAGCGAGCUAUGUACUCAACGUACUUCAAACCAUCAAAUGAAUCAACCAAUCCACGGAAUUCCAAAGAAAAAAUAGACUUGCACAAACCCAACAAAAUCCGCAUACAAUUACAUUACACCGGCGUGCACGUCGUCGCCUUACCUUACCUUACCCACAACUCACCAUUGGAAACAAAUCGCCAAGACAGCUUAGUGACCUCGCGACUAGCAAAUCAAACCUAUUGCGAUCGGCUCCGACAAGCAAGUUUUUCCCGCUCCUUGCUAUCUAUCUUCCUUUUCUUAUUUCCCCGAAUGAAGGCGGGGGCUUAGGCUAGUAGAUUACAUGAACAAGAAAAAAAAUUAUAGAGAUCGACAUCAUCAUCAUCAUCAUCAUCAGUUCAUCAUCGUCAUCGCCUGUCAUCGUCAUUCACCAUCAUCACCAUCUUCUCUCCGCCAUGGUAUGAUUACCGUUUGUACCGAUAACCAAGUCCACUUUCUUUUACCUUUUUGACCCGCUCGCUCGCCCGCCCACCAAACCCUCCCCCCAAAAAAGAAAAAAAAGAAAGAAAGUGUGUUCGAACAACAUGGGAUCUGGAUUCGCAUUUAUAUUUAUUCCCUGCCAUUCGUUCCGCUCCUACGACUUUUUUUUAGUCAACUUAAGAUUGACCGCAGAGCGCUCUUUCGCUCACCCGCCCAAAAUAUGCGCCCCACUUUCAAAC